AUGGCAGGCCAUGGCAAGAUCACCCUCGGACGCUACAUGUGGGAACGCAUCCACCAAGUUGGCGUCGACACAAUAUUCGGAGUACCCGGCGAUUUCAAUCUCCAAUUCCUCGAUUCCAUCUACCUCACCCCAGGCCUAUCUUUCGUUACUAAUCAAAACGAGCUGAAUGCAGCUUACGCCGCCGAUGGAUACGCCCGUAUCAAGAACACGCCCGGAUGUCUCGUGACCACACACGGUGUCGGUGAACUAUCGGCUCUGAACGGCAUCGCAGGUAGCAUGAGUGAGCAUGUCAAAGUCAUCCAUGUCGUUGGUCAGACUACACGGGCGAUGCAGAAAGGCAAUAUGAUGAUCCAUCACAGCAUCGGCAAUAAGCCAAAUCAUCAAAUGUACAACAAGGCUAGCGAGGGGCUGAGAUUUGCUGCUGCAGAACCCUGGGAUGUCGCAGAUGCUCCGAAAGAGAUUGACAGGGUGCUGAGGGAGUGUGUUAUCAAGAGUGGGCCGGUGUAUAUUUUCAUGCCACUAGAUUUGAGUGCUGAGAUGGUGGAUGCUGCGCUGUUGGAAACACCGAUCAAUCUUGAGCCGCACGUUGACGAGAAGACACAGGACGAAGCGGUUAAGGCUAUCACGGAUGCAGUUACGCAAGCCAAAUAUCCGACAAUACUAGUAGAUGCUCUCGUCCAACGCUUCAAUGCUGCCCAGGAGGCUGCGCAGCUAGUCCGCAAACUCAAUGUUCCUUUUUUCUCAGCGACCAUGGGUAAAGGCGUUGUCGAUGAGACAGAAGAGAACUUUGUGGGGGUCUGGAAUGGCGAAGUCAGUUCUCCGGGCGUCAAAGAAGCAGCGAAACAAGCAGACUUGGUGGUUACCCUAGGGUACAUACCUGCUGAUACGAACUCGGCUGGAUUCUCAAGACAGUUGGAUGAGAGUAGUACGAUUCACAUCAAUCCGCACGACGUUAUCGUCAAGGGCAAGUCCUACCCUAACACAGCCAUAAAGUCCCUUCUUGCAGCUCUUACUGCCGCCCUACCAUCAACACCGCAGCAUAAAAUUCCAAACCCACAGCUUCCACCACCCCGCACACCACUCGACGCAAAGUCAGCCCAUUUAACCCAAUCCCAACUCUGGCCCGCCAUCCAAUCCUUCAUCCGUCCCGGCGACGCUAUAGUCAGCGAAACUGGAACUUCCAACUUCGGCAUCUGCGACAUUACGUUCCCCGCAGAUAUCAGACUAGUCACACAGAUCUACUACGGUAGUAUCGGCUUCGCUACUGCAGCUACGCUGGGCGUAGGAAUUGCGCGAAGAGAGGUAGAAAGCAAAGCUAAGAGUCAACCGGCCGGAAGGGAAGGAGAAGGACGGACGAUCUUGAUAACAGGAGAUGGUAGUAUGGCUCUGACGAUCCAGGAAAUUGGUACUAUGAUUAAGGCGAAGUGUAAAACUAUCGUAUUUGUCAUUAAUAAUGAUGGAUAUACAGUUGAGAGGUUGAUUUGGGGCGCUCAACAAGCAUACAACGACAUUGUUCCCCACAACUACUCUCACCUCCUCCCUCUGUACCGCCAUCCGGACCCGCAAUCCUCUUACCAUCGCGCAACUACUCAGUCAGAGUUAGCAGUCAUCUUAGAGAAACCACAACUCAAGCAACCGCAGAACCUGCAACUCGUGGAACUGGUAGUCGAUAAGAUGGAUACGAGUUGGAAGUUGGGUACAGCGCUGGCGUGGAGAAGCGAGGAACACAAGGAGUAUCUUACUAGAGAGGGCUUUGUAGAUACGUAUGGCGGAUGGGGGCUGGAUGGCAAAGCUGGAGGGAGUGUGAAAUGGAGUUGA